AUAAAAUCCAACCGCUGAACGUGAAGGCCGUUUAGUUUCCUUGCUGAAUUCGACUCAAACGCAUAACGGUCAGCGUGUUGCACUAAAAUGAAGUUCCUGUUAGUGUUAUUAGCCUGUGCAGCGCUGGCGAGCAGUUACGAGUUUCGGGAGCGACAAGAUGCUUACGAACGCUCCGUCAGCAGCCAAGUGACGGAAUUCAUUGAGGGUAUACGCAAGCAAAUGCCAUGUGGAUUCCCCGGCCUUGGUUUGGGCCCACUGUCUCCGGCACAUCUUACGCAUCGCGAAAUCGCACUCAACUCAGAUGCUUUAGCACUGGCUGGCGAGGUCGAUGAUUUCAUACUUUACGGUUUGGAUGACUUUGAUUUUGUUGUCAAGGUCAAUGUUGUUUUCAGUCGGAUCACCUUCAAUUUCCACUGGCAUAAGGUGUAUUUCGAUACACAAUACAAGAUGGACAUGAGCACUGGCAAUAGGGUGAAGAUGGGUCGCAAUGGUGGCGCCAAAUUGGCUAUUGAAGAUCUGAAGGUGGUUGGCUCGGCUAAAUACAGCAUUAUCGGUAAAUUGCGUUUGAAGGAGUUCAAGGUCAGUGCGACCAUUGGCGAUGUGAAUUCGGAAAUUGAGAAUUUGUCCAAAAUCAAGAUUGUCAAUAAGAAAUUGAAUGAAAUUAUUGAGGAAUGGAUUUUGUUGGCGGUGAAUGAGAAUACCAGCGAAAUGGAGGAGUUGUCGAAUAAUUUUGUAGUGCCUUUCGUAAAUAAUCAAAUUGGUGAUGCUACUCUGGCUGAUCUGAUUGCCAUGAUAGCAGGCGGUGGUGGAGAUGGUGGUUCGGGUGGUGAGCAAGAGGAGUGCGUGCCACCAGCAUUGAAAGAGUUGUGAAAUGGUGGUGGAAGCAACUUUUUUAUAAUUCCUUAAUAUAUGUUGAUUGUUUACAUUUUAAUGAAUAAA